CAGGCACUGAGCAGGGCCGGCGGACACCUGGGCGGCCAGCAACGCAAGGCCAGGCCCGGGCCUGGGGCGUGGGCUGCCGUCUGUCCCCAGUGCGUGCCCAGUGCCGCUGCUGGCAACCUCCACGCUGGGAAAAUCCAAUUGCGAGCUUUCCUGCCCGGCACUGACGCACCUUGAAAUCUUCAUCAAACCGCUCACUGCGACCGCCUCCGUCUCGUCCGGAUCCGCCCCCCAUCCACCUCCUCCUGCCCAGCAUCAAUGGCGUCCCGGAGACUCGCUCUGAACCUUGGGCAGGGCCUGCGCGCCCGCGCCGCCCCCUCCGCCCUUCGCUCCAUCAACAGAGGCUUCGCUACGCCCGUCACCUCCCCGGCUGGCGCGAAGACACAGUCGACGACCCUCAAGAACGGCCUCACCGUCGCUACCGAGUACUCGCCAUGGGCCCAGACAUCGACCGUCGGCGUCUGGAUCGAUGCCGGCUCCCGUGCCGAGACGAAGGAGAACAACGGCACUGCGCACUUUCUUGAGCACCUGGCCUUCAAGGGUACUCAGAGACGCACACAGCAGCAGCUCGAGCUUGAGAUCGAGAACAUGGGUGGCCACCUGAACGCCUACACAUCGCGCGAGAACACCGUCUACUUCUCCCGGGCAUUCAACGCCGAUGUCCCUCAGUCCGUCGACAUCCUUGCCGAUAUCCUCCAGAACUCCAAGCUUGAGCCCUCCGCCAUCGAGCGUGAGCGUGACGUUAUCCUCCGCGAGUCUGAGGAGGUCGAGAAGCAGAUCGAUGAGGUUGUCUUUGACCACCUGCACGCCACCGCCUUCCAGCACCAGCCCCUCGGCCGCACUAUCCUUGGGCCCCGCGAGAACAUCCGGGAUAUCAGCCGCACCGAGCUCACCAACUACAUCAAGAACAACUACACUGCCGACCGCAUGGUCCUCGUCGGCGCUGGUGGCAUUCCUCACGAGCAGCUCGUCGACCUUGCCGAGAAGCACUUCUCCGGCCUCCCCACCACCUCGGUCCACGACUCUGCCUACCUCCAGUCCAAGGCUAAGCCCACCUUCAUUGGCUCCGAGGUCCGCGUCCGUGAUGACAACAUCCCUGCCGCCCACAUCGCCCUUGCCGUUGAGGGUGUCAGCUGGAACGACGACGACUACUUCACUGCCCUCGUCACCCAGGCCAUUGUUGGCAACUACGACAAGGCCAUGGGCACUGCUCCCCACCAGGGCAGCAAGCUCGCUGGUUUCGUCCACCAGAACGACCUUGCCAACAGCUUCAUGAGCUUCUCCACUAGCUACAGCGACACUGGUCUCUGGGGUAUCUACCUCGUUUCCGACAAGCUCACCACCCUCGACGACCUCGUCCACUUCACACUGCGUGAGUGGUCGCGCCUUUCCAGCAACGUCACCCAGCCCGAGGUUGAGCGCGCCAAGGCCCAGCUCAAGGCUUCCAUCCUCCUGUCUCUUGACAGCACAUCCGCCGUUGCCGAGGAUAUCGGCCGCCAGCUUGUCACAACCGGUCGCCGGAUGAACCCUGGCGAGAUUGAGCGCCAGAUCGAUGCCAUCACCGAGAAGGAUGUGAUGGAGUUCGCCAACCGGAAACUGUGGGACAAGGACCUGGCCAUCAGCGCCGUCGGCAGCAUCGAGGGUCUUUUCGACUACCAGAGAAUCAGCAACGACAUGAGCCGAAACUUCUAAACUCAUGAAGAAGCUGCGUGGGGAGGGGUGAUGAGAGAGGAAGUGAACAGCGUUCUGUGGAAGGGCAAGGCGAAGAACCCAAUCAUAGAGUGUACCAGAUACCGCACAACUAGUUGUACCAUAAAGGACUUUUCAUCUGUUAGAGGUCGUACGGGUUCAUCGACGUGCUCUUGGAUAAUCAGUGACAUAAAUGCAAGCAGUUAGAAGCAAAGACUGCGUCCGAUGGUCCGUCUGCGUUUUCACGGAUCCGUCGAAGGAUCCUAUAUUCGCACCAGUAACUGGAACCCUGCUGCGACUACCUUGACCUGGGUGACGGGCUAAGGGGGGGAUACGUCAGGCUUCACAUAGCAUUUGGUAAACACGGUCUUUGCAAAUCGGUGACCGCACCAACACAUUCC